UUUCCUUAUAUAUAUCCAGUCCUUUAAUUUAUUUAUAUAUCAAAAGACUAUCUAUUAGUAUAAUUUCAAGUCACCUUUCAAAUAAUAUAUUAAUAUUUUUUUUAUGUAUUAAGAGAGAAAAUUUGGUGUCUAAAAUUUUCGUAGUUGUUAUUAUGGCUAGCAUUCUAAAACCAUCCAAAUGGUUCUCUAGCAAAGGUCUUAAGCAUAGAUCAAAAUCUUCCAAUUCAUCAUCACUAUGCUCUCCAAAAUCUCCAAUGAUGAAUUAUAACAAGAAUGAAGAUGAUAAAGGAUUAAGAGAGGUUUUCAAAUACUUUGAUGGAGAUGGAGAUGGAAAAAUUUCAGCCUAUGAAUUAAGGUCAUAUUUUGGGUCAAUUGGAGAGCACAUGUCUCAUGAAGAAGCCGAAAGGGUGAUUCGAUAUAUCGAUACCGAUGCCGAUGACUUGUUAGAUUUUAAUGAUUUCAUUAAGUUGAUGAAAGGUGAAGAAGGAAGUGAAAAUGAUAAAGAUUUAAGAAAAGCUUUUGAGAUGUUUGUUUGGGAUGAGAAAGAAGAUUGUAUUACUCCAAAAGGGUUGCAAAGGAUGUUGCAACGUCUUGGAGAUGAUAGGUCUUAUGAAGAGUGUGUUGUUAUGAUUGAUGCAUUUGAUGUAGAUCAUAAUGGGGUUCUUGAUUUCGAUGAGUUUCAUCAAAUGAUGGUUUAAUUAAUAUUAAACUUUAGUUAAUUUUUCUCUAUGUAAAUGUUCAUAUUCCAAAUGAGGUUUGGAAUUGCAAAAUUGCAAGAUGAAAUGUAUAUAAUAUUAUUGAAAUUUGUAUGUUUUAUACAAUUCAAAAGAAAAUAUUGUGUUAUCUCA